CCAAUUUCCAAAUCUCUCUCUUUCUCUUACGUAUAGAUCAAGACACAUAUAUAAUAUAAAAAGGCAGGCAUUUACACCACUUCUUAAUCUUCUCAGAGGCGUUGCCUUCAUAUAGUACACCACAUUUCCCUUCUUAUAUGCUUUACACCCCCUUAGCUGCCUUUCCUAGAGAGAGCCAAAAGACAAAGCAUUCUUUUGUUCUCUGAGGAAACCCAGAAAACAUCUCUUCUUGGAUCUGCAAAAACUUCCCUGCAACAUUUUUUCAGUGGGAGAGGUGGGGCUAACGAAGACAUUGUCUGCCUUCUUCUGUGAAACCCAUGAAAAGGAGUUUUAACCAUCCCAUUACGAAUGGGAGGAGAAAAAGAAUGUGGGGCUAUUUUGUGUCUUCGUUUCUCCUUCCCAGAAAAUUCUAUGAAACCCCACAUCAAAAAUAAAAGGAUAGGGCAUUAGCAUUAAAGAAAAAAAGGCUUACCAGGAACCUGAGAACAGAAAAUACCUAAAGAUUUAUUAUGCAAAAUUCUUCUAUUGAUGCUUGAUAGUGUAUUAAGCUUCCAACACUCUGCAAAACAUUCUCUGUCAUCUGAGUGUUUUCUUAAAUUUUCGUCUUCUCCCAGGUACACAGAUGCUGAAAACACUGAGAGGGACAGAGAAGGCAACCUGAGAGAGUUCUUUGGUCAGUUUGGUUGAAGAGAGGACGUGAUCAUGUCUGCAAAGCUUCUAAAUUCCCAUCCAGAUGAUCACCAAAAUCUCCAGAAGCAGAUUGGGUGCAUAAAUGGACUAUUCCAGCAUUUCCUUGGUGGCCGGCGAGUCAUAGGUCAAAACCACAGGAGGCUUCCACCAGGUCCAGAUAGCAGCAGCCAUGGCAUGGAGCCCAAGAAAGCUUCAGAAAAGAAAACAGCAAAAAAUGUCAAGAAGAGUAUGAAGGAGAAACAAAGAGCUAUGAAGGAAAAACAAAGAGCUUCCACUGAAUCAUCCAGAACCUCAAUUUCAUCUACUUCCUCCUGUUCAUCUAGUCACACAUCUGCUGAUUGUAACAGAACACCUCUAACACCACGAUCGUCUUUGACCCAGACCAACUUCCCUGAAACCCCUACUCGGAACUUUUCCAGUUACCGAUCAAAUGUUACUUUGCCAUUAAGCAAAUCCCUUGACCUCCGCGAUGUGGUCAAAGACUCCAUCCGCAGAGAAACUCGUGGGUUGUCAAUUAAAACUACAACCAAACAUGAAUCUGGACAGCAAACCUUGAAGCAUAUAGAUUCUCCAAGGCCCUUACAGUCACCAAGAUCCACCAAGACUAGAAGUCCUGCUCACAAUGAUUCACUUCGAGUUCUUGCAAAGCUUCAAGAAGUACCUAGGGCUUCCAGUGAAAGAAAGGAUGGUUCACUUGCUUUCACGCCCAGAGAUGCUCCAAGGUUUUCCUAUGAUGAGAGGGUCUCACAGGAUACAAUCAAAAUAAAGCUUAAAGAAUUGCCAAGGUUAUCCUUGGACGGUAAGCUGCACAGAAGGAAUGUCGACUCCAUUGAUAUGGAAAACCAACAGCAAGAACCAGGAAGCUACAGAGGACCGUCUAGUAUUGUAGCCAAGUUGAUGGGGUUGGAUUCUUUGUCAAACUCCAUGGCCAUCACUGGGAAUCAAACCUGGGAUAUCAAAACCUGCUCAGUUGGAAAAGAGCAGUCACCAGGAACUGAUGAUAGCAAGCAAAAUCCAAUUUCUAGUUCCCCCAGGAAAGCCAGCAAGGAGCCCAUUUCAGUCCAUUUAAGAAGAGCUGAUUCGGCCAAAACCCCCAUCUCAAGCAAGUGUCCAAUUGAACCAGCACCAUGGAAACAUCCAGAUUUAAACAAGGGUCAGAAACCACCUUCAAAGUGCAAAGAAACUCCUGUGAAACCGCCAAACUCCUCACUCACAGUUUAUGGUGAAAUUGAGAGAAGGUUGGCACAACUUGAGUUCAAAAGGUCAGGAAAGGAUCUCAGAGCUCUCAAGCAAAUACUUGAAGCAAUGCAGAAAAGUAAACAGGGGUUGGAGAACAGAAAAGAAGGUCAAGCUUCAAACUUUGUUUCUCAGGAAAGAAUCAACAGCAACCUUGAUCAGAACUCAAAAUUUGCAAAUUUCAGCAGUCUAGAAACUAAUACUACAUCUUCUGCAACUAACAAGGGAACUACUUCACCAAGGAAAUCAAGAACCACUGUCAUGAUAAUGAAACCAGUUAAAUUUGCUGAAAGAGCUAGCAGUCCAACAUCGUCAGUCAGUACAAUUGACAGUGUUAGCAGGCUCAGGACAAGGGACUCCUCAAAUUCUAGAAGGGAAAAGGUUGGCGAGCAAUCAGCUGAAGAGUUAACUCCAAGACACAAUCAUCUCAGGGACCCUUGUAGUCAAAUCCAUCCAACAGAGAAGAACAAUGUCAGAAGUCCAAGAUUAAUUCAAGCUUCAAAAGUUCCUUCAUGCAAAAACCAAGAAAUCCAGAGGUCAAGUAUGAGCUCAGACAGCAUAAGCCUUAAAUUGCAACAGAAGAAGCUUGAGAUGGAGAAGCAUUCUAGUUGCACUGCCUCAAGAUCAGAGCAGAGCAGAAGGAGGCAGCCAAGCAGACAACAGACAGAAUCAUGCACGCCAUUUCUGAAACCCCAACAUAAAUCCCCCAGUUUGCGGCAAUAUGAUGAUCAAUUGAAUGACGUCAGUAGUUACCUGAGAGAUUUGAGCCAUCAAGAAGAUGCUAGUUCAGUGCAAUCAGAAACCAAUACAAGCUUGGUCUCCACUACUGAUAAUGAAGUCACAAGCACGGACAAAUCUAGCAAGAUAAGCACCACCUUAUUUCAGCAGCAGAAGGAGAAGUGGAAUAAUCCGAAUGCAAGGUUACUUGAAGAAGGAUCAAUAGCAGAGCCUAUAAAAGUUGCGCUAGAACAACCAAGUCCCGUCUCCGUUCUUGAUGCUACAUUUUAUGGAGAUGAAUCACCUUCUCCUGUGAAGAAGAUAUCCAAUGCCUUCAAAGAUGAUGGAUGCCUUAAUCCAGACGAAGUGGAGUGGAGCUCCUGGAAUUCAGAUUCAAAAGAGUUACCUGACUGCAAAAGCUCCAACCACAAGCAUGAUUAUGGGAAGGUAGAAAACAUAGAGCAUUUGGUUCAAAAAGCCACACAUGUGGAGUCCACUCAUGAGGAAUCCAUUACCAAGGAAAUCUUACCCAUCAACAACAGCACAAAUCCAGACCACAAAUACAUCUCAGAAAUAUUAUUGGCAUCAGAUAUCCUCAGGGAGCUUGAAUCUGGCUCUGCUAUACUUCAGUUUCAUCCAUCAGGCAAACCAAUCAACCCCAGCUUAUUCCUGGUCUUAGAACAAACCAAGACAAGCACUAGGCUUUCAAAUCACAAAAGAAAUGGUCAGGGAAUCAACCUGACAGAAACAAUUCAGAGAGAUCACAGGAAACUUAUAUUUGAUGCUGUUAAUGAACUUCUAGCCAGCAAAUUGCAAAAGGAAGGCUCUAGGGAGCAAUGGCUAUCAUCAAAUAAGCUGGCAGACAGAAGACUAGGAGGACAGCAGCUUCUGAGAUAUUUAUGUAGAGAAAUUGAUUGCCUGAAUGCUAACUCAUAUUGCAGCUUAGACGAUGAAGAUGAUAGUCUGAAAGACAUCUUAUUGGCAGAUUUGAAGCAUCAAUCUGUUGAAUGGACAGUUUUCCAAAAUGAACUUCCAUGGGUAGUGUUAGAUCUUGAGCGGUUGAUCUUUAAAGACUUGAUAACUGAGGUUGUUGGCAGUGUAGCAGCAAAUCUGCGAGAGCGGCCUGGUAGGCAUUGCAGACAACUUUUCCCUAGCUAGUGUUUCUAAAAUCUCUCUGAAAAGAGAGGGAGCUGCUAGAUUGUCUGUUUCACUUCCCUUUUCUUUCUUUCUUCAGAAUUCUUUCAAGAUAUAAUCCCAAUAAACCUUGGAUAAAAAAAUAUAUUAAGUUUUAUCUAAUACAUGUAAAAUUGCGUC